CGCAUUGCAUUCCGCAGAUCUACAAGCCAUCCACACGAACGGUAACGCUACUGCUUGAACUCCAGAUGACUUGUGAGUCUGCGCAAAAGCGUCUAAACGCUGUGUUUAUGUUUGACUCUUAAAGGGGACGCAACACAACUUACCAAAAAUGGCCGCUGUGCGGCUCCGUUCUGAAAGGUAGAUUUCCUACAGCUUUAAGAAUAAAGACGAUGUUUAAUUUCCGUAAUAUUGUGUCGGUUUGAUUUAAGAAAGGUUUAAGUGUACCGUGGGUGAAUUUCGACGAACUUGGCGCAUUAGCAGAACCCCCCCCCACUUUGGACGAAGGCCUCCUCCUGCCAUCACCAGCCUGUCUUUUAGUCCUCUUUUCCAGCAAGCAUUCUAGCCUUAAUGCGAAGUUAAAGACGGAAUAAAGUGAUUCACCUGCGAUGGAAUGACGACGGAAUACAUUAUAAUUUAAAUAAAAGACAAAAAAAAUCUGGUGAACCACAAGGCCGCAAAUCAGACCUCGGACCCCGGUGCACCUGUCACCCCGAGAAAGAGGCAGGAGGAGCGGGGAGUCAUUCCCUUCACGAGCACGGAGCUACUGGAGAGCUCCAAGGUAAAGAGACGAUGGAGGAGAUAAAGACUGAAAGUUCCAAUAAUGUUGAAGAAGUGAAGCUGCACGAAGAAGUGGCGGAAGAUCCUAAUGGUCCAAAGAAGAAAGUGCGCCGGAAAAAAGAUGUUAAAACCCCAAGGCGGCUGACUAAAAGGAAGAAGCCCCCAGUGGAGUACGUUCGCUGUGAAAUCGAAGGAUGCGGCACCGUUCUGGCGAACCGACGCUACCUGAAGCAUCACAUCAAAUACCAGCACUUGCUUAAAAAGAAGUACGUGUGCCCUCAUCCCUAUUGUGGAACGCUUUUCCGCCUACAAAGGCAGCUAUUUCGCCAUGCCAAGCAACACACAGACCAGAGAGACUACGUCUGCGAAUUCUGCACCCGUGCCUUCAAGAACGCCUACAAUCUGGCUGUGCAUCGCAUGAUCCACACCGGAGAGAAGCCCAUCCAGUGUGAGAUCUGUGGCUUCACCUGUCGCCAGAAGGCCUCCCUCAACUGGCACAUGAAGAAGCACGACGGCGACGCCUCCUAUCAGUUCCCCUGCUCCAUUUGCGGCAAGAAGUUUGAGAAGAAGGACUCGGUGGCGGCCCACAAGGCCAAGAGUCACCCGGUGAUGCUGAUAUCCCAAGCGCUCGCAGACAACGCCGGCACCCUCAUCACAAACCCCGCGCCCUCGCCGGAGCUGCCGGGAGAGCCGGUGCAAGCGGAGGUGGGCGGCGUGGAAGCCAACCAAGUGGUUGAGGAUGAAGUCGUGCAGCAGGUGGUGAUCAAGGAAGAAUACGUGGAAGAGUAAGUGGCUCGGGUAUCCCAGAUGAGUCAUGUGCCCCAACAAGGUCAGCAGGCAGCUCCGAUAGACCCUCCGUGCCACGAGCAGCAGCAGUCUCAUCUUCAGCUCCAGACCAGCUCCGGUCCAUUUAGCAGCCCCCAGCAACUUACCUUCCAUUGCCCCUCAGUGGUCACCUGACACACCCUGAAGGUACAUUACAUUGGAACCUCCAUUUACCAACUCGACUGGUUCUCAAACAGGGUUCGUAAAUCAAAAAGUUUUUCUAGUGAAGAAAAUUUCUCCCAAAGGAACAAUCUAGAUAUGAAUAAUGUGUUCCAGCCUGGACAAAAGUCCAUAUUUUAGAGAAGGUUUGUACACUGAACACAAUACAAAGCACUACACUGUACUGUAUAUCAAACACAACAAGGAGGUGAUGGAGAAACUUUCUAUUUAUUAACAACAAGCUGCUGUUGUCUGUAUGCACUGCUCUGCCAACAAGGGCGCACACACAGAAGUUCCUUUGGUGCCCUCACAAAUGAUCAGAAAUGGCAAAAAUUAUUAACUAGAACCAUCAUAGUCCGACAAUAAUAAACAUUUAAAAAAGUUAAAUCUACUAACAUAAACAUCGGCAUAGAAAUAGCAGACAGAGGGAGAGAAGGGAAGGAUCGUCGGGGGCGGGGCCGUGAGUGUGUGCGUGCCCACGCUGUGAAAUAAGUCUUCUCAGGCAUCUUUUGUUCCAUAAAAUUCUGGUUUCAUCAGAGUUAAAACUGCUUUGUCGGUUGUUCCAUACUUGUGAGGGCCAUUUAUGUAAUCCUGGAAUAUAGUCCUCCACAGCGAGUCCCGACUUCUUUCCACGUUGGUCUGUCGUCUUUUUGGGAUUCAUAUUAAGUUAGUAAGAUGGACAAGCGAUCAAAAUGGAGGGAAAACACAGAAAAGACAUACGCUAAAGUGCUGAGAAGUGACUACACUAUUUUCCGGACUACAGAACGCACCGGUAUAUAAGCCGCACCCACCAAAUUUGAAAAGAAUAACACACCGGACUAUAAAACGCAGAUGUAUUCGUUGUGUAAUGAGUAAUUUACACAGAAAUAUUUUGUAAAUGUUCAUUUACAUACCUUAAUUGUUUCCAAACGGCAUUGGUAAAGAGGCAGUAAAACGGAGGAUCAAACAAAACAGAAGUCUUUGUCAUGGACCCGCUAGCUGCGGAAGCUAGCUUUUAAAUCAGCUAAACAGACUCAAUAACUCCGCGGUGACGUUUUGGGUAAUUUACUGAGGAUUUUAUGAACUGAAACAACACAAACAGAUACCAUUGUAAAUUAAUAAUAUUAACACAAGACACUCUUAAGGGUGUUGGAAUAUUAGCUAAAGGUAAUAGCAUGUACAAAUAAACAUGGAAACACUCCUACAGACAUCACACAUGGGACAGUUUAGUAAAUAAGAAUUGUUGUAGUUAUAUUGUAAAACUUACAAACGUUGCUUGGAGUGAUGAAGAAUCCAUACGAGUAGUAACGCUAUGGACAACUAGAAGAUGGAGCUGCACUUCUACUUCCGGUUCAAACCUUUAAACAGCAGGAAACACUGUAAUGGUACACCCAGCACCAUCUGUAGUGAGCCAAUUCGUCCAAAAGAUGGCGCCAUAGCACAAACAACGCACCUUUUCAGUGUCUUUGCAAGUGUUUUAUGAAAACGUUUUGCAUUUUGGCCGUCAGAGAAAAGAAAGUCCGGAAAUUUAAAAGCCUCAGGGUUCAAAAAGUCAUUGCUUAUAGUCGGGAAUUUCAUGUAGUAGUGUACUGCGCUGCAAGUGGCGUGGAGGGCUGCUCCUCCCCAAAAAUGGUGCCUAAAGGCCAAAAUGAAGCUUUGGUGCACAGUGACAUGGUUCGCACAGAUUUGGCUCCAUCUAAAAGUUCUUAAAUCAAGAAGUUGGCAAAUCGGGUGGUUUGUAAAUAGACAUUCUCUGAAUUUAACAUUCCCUUUUUUGAGGAUUGAUUUUCAUUUUAGAGUGGAUAGUGGGAGGAAGGCACUGGUAAGACAGCACACUACUGAAGCCCACUUGUUUUGCACAUUACUAAGGAACCUUGCAUGCGCUUAGUAUUUCAGGCUGUAGCUAUCCAGUGGUGGUGUUUGGAUGUAUAUUGGUACUUUUUACUGCUUUCAGUGUCACGACUUUAUCUUUUUCCACCAAGAAAUGUGUAGUUCUCUUCUUUCGACAGAUUCCUUGUGGAAGGAACACAUCUUACUUACAUUGUCAUCUGUUAUUGAUUUCAACUUACUGGACUGAAGACGCCGCAAUCCUUUGGCAUAGAUCAGAGCUGGGCAAAUAUUUGGACUGGGGCGGCCACAUUGUAAGUGCGAAUAUAUUAUACGUACACCUUCAUCUGUAAAAACAUGUACAGUUUGGGUCCCGUUUUUUCAGGAACACUAAUACCAAAAGUCACUAAAAACAGACCACCUAAAAAAAACAGAAUGAAGCUUUACAGUUUUUUACUGAAUAGGACACCAAAAAUAAAGAAUCUGGGAUAUACAAUAUUAACUAUAAACGAUAAAACACUGAAUAUUAACAACAUAUGAACAUAUUUUACUUCUCAGACCAGCUCCUACGUCAGGGGUCGGCAACCUAAAAUGUUGAAAGAGCCAUUUUGAACCAAAAAUACAAAAAAAACAUGUCAGGAGCCGCAAAAAAAUAAAAGCCAUAUCACAUACAGAUAGUGUGUCAUGAGAUAUAAAUUGAAUUAAGAUGACUUAAUGGAAACUAAAUGAGCUCAAAUAUAGCUACAAAUAAGGCAUAAUGAUGCAAUAUGUACAUAUAGCUAGCCUAAAUAGCAUGUUAGCAUCUAUUAGCUUACAGUCAUGCAUCAACAAAACUCACCUUUGUGCAUGAAUGCACAACGUAAAAAGUUUGGUGGACAAAAUGAGACAGAAAAAGAAGUGGCAUAAAACACGUCUUAGAUAGUCUGAGAAUGUUAUACAUGUAAACAAACUACGAUGAGUUCAAGGACCGCCGAAAUUAGACAAAACGUCGCUCGCCAAUUACUCGAAUCAGUGAUUGAUUGAUUGAUUGAAACUUUUAUUAGUAGAUUGCACAGCACAGUACAUAUUCCGUACAAUUGAUCACUAAAUGGUAACACCCCAAUAAGUUUUUCAUCUUGUUUAAGUCGGGGUCCACGUUAAUCAAUUCAUGGUGAUGCAUGUUCAAUAAAAACAGUGUGCUUUAUAACAAUUAGGGAGGUUUGUGUAACGUUUGUCCUCCUACAGCAGGGGUCGGGAACCUUUUUGGCUGAGAGAGCCAUGAAAACCAAAUAUUUCAAAAUGUAUUUCCGUGAGACCCAUAAAAUCUUUUUUUAACACUGAAUACAACUAAAUGCGUGCAUUUUUAAGACCAACAUUUUUACAGUAUAAUCAGUAUCAUAUUCUUUUUAAAAAUGGUAUAAAAAAAUGGUAAAUGGUUGUACUUGUAUAGCGCUUUUCUCCCCUUUUUAAGGAGCCCAAAGCCCUUUGACACUAUUUCCACAUUCACCCAUUCACACACACAUUCACACACUGAUGGCGGGAGCUGCCAUGCAAGGCGCUAACCAGGACCCAUCAGGAGCAAGGGUGAAAUGUCUUGCUCAAGGACACAACGGAUGUGACUAAGAUGGUAGAACGUGGGGAUUGAACCAGUAACCCUCAGACAUGUAAUGACAUAUGUCCCCACGCAGUCCCCAAGAUAAUAACAUUGUUAUUCUAAAGCUAACCAAUAAUAAAUAUGAUACUUCUUACAAUUAAAGCAACUUCUUGAACAGGUGCGAUAGAAAAUGUAUGGUCGGAAAAAAAUGCAUGAGAAUGUUUUAAAAUUGGACGUUAUUUUUAAUUACUUAUGGUGUUAAGCAAUGUCAGCUAAGAUUUAUCUGAGAGCCAGACUCAAUCAUCAAAAGAGCCGCAUCUGGCUCUAGAGCCAUAGGUUCCCUACCCCUGUCCUAAAGGAACUAUAUUAAAACAAAAAAUAUAUUUUUUUCUCCUCAUCUUUUUCCGUUUUUCAUACAUUUUUGAAAAAGCUCCAGACAGCCACUAGGGCGGCACCAAAGAGCCGCGGGUUGCCGACCCCCGUCCUACACAGACGUAUUUUACAAUCAAGCAAAACACAACAAAAAUGUAACAAACAACAAGAUAGAAACACAAAUGGUAAUAAACACUUACAAUAUGAUAUAUUAUCACUUCUAUGCAGAAAUUAGUUGUAAAAAUCUGCUUCAGCAUCUGUUCCUGACGCACGCGUUUCAGGCGUUGAAAUACUUUUUAUAGUUCAAGACUUACGGUCAUUUAAAAACAUCACCGCACAUCAUAAUGGCAAAUACACUUUUGAUAUUAAAGGUCUAAAAAAAUUACAUACAAAAUAUUAAUGGGCCAACUCCAGUUUGGACUUUUAAAUAUUCGCUCACAGAACUGAAGUGUUGACCAUGAGCCAUUUUAUUCUGAAAAUAUUUGAAGUUAUAAAUGAAACUCAUGAACAUAUGUCAUUACAUGUCAAAUUAGUUUAUUUUAACAGCAUAAAAGCUUAAACGUCAGCUAUUAUUAAAUCAUUGGGCAAAUGUUUUCAUAAAGUUCCUCUGUCAACUUUGCUCUAGAAACAUGGCGGGCCCUCACAAAGGGUUCUUGGGGGCGGGGGACACAGCACAUUUAGCAAAACAAUUCUGCCAUCUGUCAGCUGAUGCUACAUUCUUGCAUUAGCAACACAUACACAGACUUAUCUUACAUAGGAUUGUUUUUGUCUUUACAUCACAAGCAAGGGCGCCAUCUAGUGGCCCCCAAUGUCAAUACAAUACUGUCCUUGAGAAGAUCACAAGGGUCAAUCAAACUCCAGGCCCAGGGGCCAAAUCUGGCCUCGAAAGCCUGCAUUCAUACAAUACUUGUAUCUUUUCUUACUGAACGUGUUUUGUUCUUUCCGUCUUGACAUUAACAAAACUCAUGUAUCUUUUAAACUUGAAUAGUAUCUAAAAAUGCAAAAAAACAUCCAAAUAUUUUUUGUUGAAAUAAAGAAAUACCUAAAGGAAGUUAUCAAUGACAGGGUUCACCAACCGGUUUUCUACCAGGGACCGGUUUAAUGCAUGCAUUUAUUUUCACGGACCAGAUAAAAACGGCAAAAAAUUAACAUGAAAAAUGAGCUUUUGGCUACAAUCUAGUGCAGGGGUAGGGAACCUAUGGCUCGCGAGCCAGACGUGGCUCUUUUGAUGACUGCAUCUGGCUCUCGGAUGAAUCUGAGCUGACAUUGCUUAACAUGAAUAAUUCCACUUGUAAUAAGUGUUAAAAUAAUGUUGAAAACAUAAAACGUUCUCAUGCAUUUUUAGUCCAUCCAUCCGUUUACUACCGCACCUGUUCAAGAAGUUGCGUUAAGAAGUUAUUUAUUUAUUAUUGGUUAGUGUGGGGCUUGUCCUCCUGGGGGUUCCUCAGACCACCAAUCACCGACAUGAGAGCCCGUUUCAGGGUUAAACUAUUGUUUUAUUUUUCAAUAAGUCUCUCGGUUGCUUUCCAGCAAUUGUAUUUUUCUCUUUCGUUCUCGCUCGCGCUCUGGCUCCAGCCCCAAACCCAUCUCUCCUCCUGGCUGCUGCUUAUAACAGAGCGGCAGGUGAUUAGAUAACAAGGCUCAGGUGAGCCAUCUACGCAGCUCUCGCUGAUUUCGAGACCGGUCCUGGCACACCUUAGUUCGCUGCAGGCCCGCGGGCCACACCCCCUCCACAGUUAGUCUCAGAGUAACAAUGGUAUUACAAAGAAUAAGAGACCUAUUAUACUCUAGAAAUGUUAGUCUUGCUUAAAAAUGCACGCGUGUAGUUGUGUUCAGUGUUAAAAAAGAUAUAUGGCUCUUACGGAAAUACAUUUUAAAAUAUUUGGCUUUUUGGCUCUCUCAGCCAAAAAGGUUCCCGACCCCUGAUCUAGUGCAUCAACAUUUUAUAUGUCCAUUAAUGUGCAUCGUCCAAUGUACUAUAACAAAUAAGUUCUAUUAUUAUUGUUAUGUUUAGUGGGACAGGUGAAAGUUAAGUGGGAGAACAUGCAAUAGUUUAUAAAUUAAUUAAUGUUUCUGUGCGGCCUGACAGCAAAUGCGUGACAGACCGGUGGCUGGGGACCACUCCUCUAUGAUACUUUACACAACUUCCUUUAAGUACUUUUUAUUUCAACAAAAAAUAUUUGGAAAAAAUUCUGUCGACUGAGCUGCUUAUUUUUUUCCAUCCAUCCAUUUUCUACCGCUUAUUCCCUUUUGGGGUCGCGGAGGGCGCUGGCGCCUAUCUCAGCUACCUUUUUUUCCCACUUCCAGUAUACACUAUAAAAACAAUGCAUUUUAUGGUAAAAGAAAAACGGCAGCUCAGUUGGUUGAAUUUUAACGUUUAAAAAAAACAAAACAGUGCUACUGUUUUUCUAUUUCCAUUUACAGUAAUAGGCUGUAAAAACCACUACAACUUCACGGUAAAAUUAUUUUAUUUUUACAAUCAAAUCUUUUUUGUACAAAAUGCAUACAAUAAUCAAAUGUGUAGGCCAGUGAUUCUCAAACUGUGCUUAAAGUUCAGUUUUAUUUUCCUAUAUUCAAACUGUGUCACUGUUCAGACUGUGUAAUGUUACAGUGGCCAAAAUAUAAAAAAAAUAUGUUUUAAAUAAAAUCAGGCCUUGUUUUUAAUGAAUACUUACGCCUACUACGCUACUGUGUUUUAUUGUUGGUCAUUUCGGAGGUACUUGGAGAGCCCGUUUUUUUCUGAGGUGGUACCUGUUGAAAAAUAGUUUGAGAGCCACUGGCAUAAGCAAUUAUAUACUGUACAUGUAUUUGUGGAUAUACAUUUAUUUACCUUAACUACAAUGUGGUCCUCAAUUAAAAUUAAUUUGACACGCCUGGUAUAGAUUGUCGUUUUCAGCCAUUUGGCUCCACAUGCACUCGUGAAGAGAGAAAUAAAUACAAUCAAUGUUAAUUUUUGCGAUGAUAAAUUUCCAGGCACAAUUUCAAGCAAUAUAUCCUAAAAUAGUUUCAAAAAGUAGAUAUUGAGAAGAUAAGGACAAGAUAUAUUACCUAAUUAUUGCUAAAGUUAAGAAGUAGUUUAAAAGUAUUAGUGUAAUACAGUAUGAUUAGGUUAUAUAUACAUGUGUAUAUCCUACAUAAACAAUGUGUGAAUCUAUAUAUUUUAUAGACCAGGGGUGUCCAAACUUUAUCCACUGAGGAAAAAUCAAAGCAAGCGGGGGCCAUUUUGAUAUUUUUUUAUUUUAAAAAAACAAUACAAUAUAUGUAUAAAAAAUAUACAUUUCGGCCUCCACUCCAGCUUGAUCCCAGGGACCCCAAAGGGUUUUGGUCAAAAAAAUAUUAAAAACGUGUCAUUAUUCGGUAUUAUUUUGUUUUCUUAUUAUUCAAGUUUUAAAUCUCCAGAUCAACAUUAGGUCCAUCUGUCGAUAUAAUGAUUGUAAAGAUUUAAGUUGUAUGCUCUUUUUGUCAAAGAAAACCCUGUUUUUUGAUGGAAAAAAACACAAAAUAUGUAAUGUUAUCACCCAAUAUAUUUUUCAAGUGGAAUAUUUGAGAUUAUAUAAUAAUUGGAGCCUUAAAAAAGUCAAUAACAAAUAACACCAUUGAUUUGAAUUCAUUAUCAUUUUUUGAACAAUGACAUUUAAAAACAAAUCACACUAAAAUGA